AUUUUCUAUGAGCGUUAUUAAAACUUUGUUUGGUUAUAUUUGCUGUGUUUACAUUUCAUCUGAACCUGUUCUGUUACUUUUUUAAUUAAAUUAAUUUUGUGUGGAGUGGCAUAAUGGUGAUAUUGAACUGGACGUUUUCUUGAACUAAAAUAUAAAAGUGUCCUUUUAGAGUAUUCAAGAAAGAUUAAGGCAAAUCUUGACAGCCGUUGGUCGAAAAUUCUCCGUGACUUCCAAUCUCGUUAUAUCAGCUGCAUUGAAAAGAUUCAGUGACGGCAAGAUAAACAGAAAGAUUUUUCAUUGAAGUCACUUGUGUGUCCAGUCUUGUAAAAUCAAUCAUCAUGAUGAACGAAGAAUUAAAGCAUAAAAAGUUUCAGAAAUGACUCAAAAAACAAGAAAGAAACUCAUUUGUCAGGGCUACCUGAAGGAAGACUUAUAGCCUUUAGGCUGCUUAUUAUGCUUUAGCAUGUAGAAAGAUUUAAUUGAUACUACAUAUCUCCGUAUCGAAGGACAUAUCUUGAAUUAUAUCACAGACAAGCCAAUGUCAAACAUAUCUCAUCAAUUGAUGCUAGUCACCUAUUUGUGAUUAUAGAUAGUGUUUAAAUCUUUGCUCAAAUUUUACGUAAACUAUUUUCUAUCAUAAACUUAGAUUGUAUCUAUAUUACAAAUAAAAUAAAAAAAUAUUUUAGAAAUAAUAAAAAGAGAAGUUAUUGAUGAUAUAAACGCUAGAGAAACAUAAGAUGAAAUACUACACCAUGUUUUUUUUAAGAAGAAGGACUUUGAUAUUGAAAGCUGUUCUGAUUCUGACAGCUCUGUGGUUUAUGGUUGCGUUACUGACCACAAACGGUGGCACAAGGAACGCUAUCGGUGCUCCACCGAUCGAAUACGAUGAUGCAGAGGCGAAACCGCUAAAAAUGGCUAAGCCUACGUCGACGAAAAAGAAAAGCGAGUCGUAUGGGAAUAACUUAUCCGACGCACCGACGCGAGUCGACUGGAUGGGUCGGAUCGCAGGCAAAGAAGGGCUCGGCGUAAUUGCCGCCCCCGGUUCGGACAACGCACCGGGCGAACUCGGCAAACCGGUCGUUUUGCCAACGAAUAUGAGCGACGAUGCGAAGCUGGCGGUAUCGGAGGGUUGGAAAAAGAACGCUUUCAAUCAGUACGUGAGCGACUUGAUAUCGAUUAGGCGGAAGCUACCCGACCCCAGAGACGAAUGGUGUAAGCAACCUGGACGCUACUUGGAAGAUCUUCCACAAACGUCGGUGGUUAUAUGCUUCCACAAUGAAGCUUGGUCAGUGUUACUUCGAACCGUUCAUUCGGUCAUUGACAGAUCACCAGCUCAUUUGAUUAAGGAAAUUGUACUCGUCGAUGAUUUUUCAGAUAUGCCGCACUUGAUGCAACAGCUGGACGAUUAUAUGUCGUCACUUCCUAAAGUGAGGAUAGUUCGUGCAACUCGACGCGAAGGCCUUAUUAGAGCCAGACUUCUGGGAGCUCGGUAUGUCACCGCGCCUGUUCUAACGUACCUCGACAGCCACUGCGAGUGCACGGAGGGAUGGCUAGAACCAUUACUAGAUAGAAUCGCUCGCAACAAAACGACAGUCGUGUGUCCAGUUAUCGAUGUUAUUGACGAUAACACUCUCGAGUACCACUACAGAGACUCGUCAUCAGUCAAUGUCGGGGGUUUCGAUUGGAAUCUUCAGUUCAAUUGGCACCCGGUACCCGCUAAGGAGCGAUCGAGACACAAACACACGGCAGAACCUGUAUAUUCGCCAACCAUGGCCGGUGGCCUUUUUGCUAUAGACAAAGAAUUCUUCGAAAGACUCGGUACCUAUGAUAGCGGUUUCGAUAUAUGGGGUGGCGAAAACUUGGAGCUGUCUUUCAAAACUUGGAUGUGCGGUGGCACCCUUGAAAUAGUGCCAUGCUCACACGUCGGGCAUAUAUUUAGAAAGAGAUCACCCUACAAGUGGAGAACUGGGGUUAAUGUGCUUAAGAAAAAUUCUGUGAGAUUAGCCGAGGUAUGGUUAGAUGAUUAUGCGAAGUAUUACUACCAACGUGUUGGCAACGACAAAGGAGAUUUCGGUGAUAUUACUAGCCGGAAAUCAUUGAGGCAAAAGCUGGGAUGUAAAUCAUUUGAAUGGUAUUUGAAGAAUAUUUAUCCAGAACUAUUCAUCCCUGGAGAGUCGGUUGCCCAUGGCGAGAUUCGAAAUGUCGCCUUCGAAAAAACAUGUCUGGAUUCACCGACGCGCAAGUCGGAUCACCAUAAGCCUGUCGGCCUAUACCCGUGUCAUCGGCAGGGAGGAAAUCAGUACUGGAUGUAUUCAAAGAAUGGUGAGAUUCGUCGUGACGAAACUUGCCUCGACUAUUCAGGUCACGAUGUUGUGUUGUACCCUUGUCAUGGAGCUAAGGGUAAUCAAUUAUGGCUGUAUGACCCUAAUACAAAGUUACUAAAACACGGUUCGAGUGAAAAAUGCAUGGCGAUAUCACGAAACAAGGAUAAAAUAGUAAUGGAAACAUGCAAUGAAUCAGAAACGAGGCAGAUGUGGAACAUGGAGAACUUCAACGCGGACAGACUCAGUCCGGAGCUUACGGCCGAGUAGCCGGAGGCCUACGACGAAGUGCUGUUCAUAUAAAACAGCAAAAAACUUUGAAAUGGACAAGAUUCUUAAAGUGACUGAAGUGUAAAUCACUUGGUGUUUGACGCAUUUCGUGCUUUAAAAUACAUGAAGUUAAGUGGUGUGUUCGAACUUUUAGAACCAUUUAUAGUUUAAUGUGAUGUCCGGACUCACAUAGCUUAUUAGUCAUUCAAUUUGAAGCUUAACUCGGCCUAAGGAAAUCGGAAUUUAUUUCAUUAUCUCUAGAUUGAAAGAGUUUUGAUAGCGCAUCGUACAGAGAUUUUAAAAUUAAACUGUUACGAAACCCUUCUUCGAAAAUUUUAUAGAUUUUUUUUUUUUGUAAUGAAGAAGUUUUGUCCAAAAUUUUCGUCUACAUUUUAAUAAAUACAAUUCACAAUAUUAUUUUAUGUAACGAUUUUUAAUUUUUAAUAAAAAAUAAACAAGAUAGUAUUGUAUGUCAAGUAUUAAAUAUAGGUAUAGAUUUAAACGUUUACUGUACAUAUCUUGCUACAUAUUAUUAUAAAAAUAAUAGAAUUACAUUUUUUGAAUACUUGUAAUGAUACUUAUCGCGUCAGUGAUGGUACGGCUUCGAAAGAUGCUAUUGUGAUUUCUUCAAAUUUUGUACUAGAUGUAAAUGAUGUCCUAGAAGAUGGAUCUAGUGAAAAUAUUUAUGAAAUAAAUGUAGGUAUGUAUCGUUAUGGUAUCUAAUGUUUUAGUUACUGUUCGUAGUAAGUGAAUAUUUUUGUAAAAUUUCAAAUUUUAAGCGAAUUUAUUAUAAGCCAUUUGAACUGAUUGUUUUCGUUCUUAUUUUAAUUGAGAAGUUUUAAAUAUGUGUUUUUAUUUUUGUGACAAAAUAAUUUCUGGUAUGAGCAGAAAUUCAUGCUAUUAUCAUAUCCAUAUAAUUCGAACAUAAGUAGUCCUAAAUACGAUCCUUGUAGAACUCUUAGUGUUAAAAAUGUUUUUUUUUUUUUUUAAAGUACUGUCAUGUUUCAUAAAACCUAAUGUAGUAUUCUUUUUAGUUUAAAUUACAAGAUUGUCAAUUUACUCUAUAUGGACAUAUAUAUUUAUAUUACAAUAAAACUUGAAUAUGACCACAAUGAAUCCAUCAAAAUAUUUUGAUUUCUUGUAACUCGCAGGGAUUUUAAUGAAAUUAGGUUAAAAUUACACGACAUUCCCAUUUGUGAUUUUUAUAAGAUUUUUAUGCGUAGAAAAAUACUGCCAGUUAACUGUAUAAAUAGUAUAGAUAGUGUUAUAAAAAAUAUCGUAGAAUAUUUUUCUCAAAUUUUAUGUAAGUCGACGUAAUUUCAAUAAUUCAUAUCAAUCUAAAAAUGUUGAAUUUAAAAUAAAACGUGCCAGUAUCAUUAUAGACGUACUAUUAUUAAAGAUUUUAGCUUUUUUUUUUAGUUUAUGUAAUGUUUUAAUUUUAGUUAAUGACUUCAAAGUCUGACAAUUCCUUUUACGUUUAUGUUCUUCUUAUAAAUUUCUACUCGUCUUCCUGACAUAUCGUUAAUAUGAGUCGUUAGGGCUUAUUUUAUUUACAUACUUAUUUAUUUCGGUUAAACUCUUUCCUCUUUCUUAACCCUUGUCAAAUUUUAUAUUUAUUUAGGAUUUGACAAAAUCCAAAACGCAUUAGUAACCUUCGAGAGUUCAACAAAUUUGACUUGUAGUAAUAAUCGAUAAAAUUUUGUAAAUAUUUUUCUGUAACUAGAAGUAAAUACAGUUCGAUAGUUGACUUUAAAAUAUUUCCAAUUAUCCUAAAAUUGACUAAAUGAAAUCUUUUGUCCUAAAAUAGAGGCGAUGGUAAGACACGUAGACGAUAAUUCUUGUUGGGUUAAGAUGUUAUAAAUGUGCCUUAUAUCUUUACGUAAUAUUGUAUUUGAAUGUUGAAAUUUCUGUAUAUAAUGCGAUGUCUCUUGUAUAAUAUUAUUGCGUAACUUUAGAUGAUAUAGUAGUAUUUGUAAAAUAAAGCAUUAUGUUGGAUUUAUAA